AUGUUUAUAAAAGAGGCUUUCGAGAGAAGAUUAAAAAAAGAGCAAUAGCUUGAAAAUGAAGGGUUAAACUAGGAGAAACACAAACUUCAUAAAAUUGGCAGCGUUAGAAAUGGAAAAAUUAAUUUUGAUAGGGAUGAGUAGUUCUUUUCUCAAGAUGAUAUACCAUAAAAGGCUUUAGAAAUAAAGAAACAAAUUAAAAAUUUUAUCGAUUUAGACAUUUUAAACCUAAAGAAAAAAGAAUGGAAUAGUUCUUGUUCUGUUCCCAAGAAUCCUCUCUUAGAAGAGACUCAUGAACGUAAGCUUAUAAAAAUUAAAUUAGGAUUAUACGAUCGUCCGAUACCUCCCUUGAAAGAUAAAAUCAUAGAACUUGGAACAGAGACAAGAAAUGAUUAUACAGGCUGGAAUGUUAGCACUUAAUAAGAUAUAAAACAAAGAAGAACUCAUCUUGAUGACUUCACUAUCAAAUCCAAAGUAAAGAAUAAAGAAAAAGAAGAUGGACUUCUAAUGGAAUACAGAAAGCCACUAGAAUAAUAAUUAGAUUUAGUCAAUCACUACAGAGAAGUAAAGAAAAAAGAAAAAGAAUUUAGAGAUGAAAUAAGAAAAGAAUUCUUGAGAAGUAACCCAAAAUCUACAAAAGAAAAGACUGAUGCAGCUGUUUAUAGAUUAACAUAUGAGGCUAAGCUUAGAAUAAAUUAAAUUUAACAAGAUCCUAAAGUUACCUUUAAACCUUAAUUAUAUAAACCAGACGAAGAUAAAAGAAUUAAAGCAACUCACUCAGGUGUUUAUUAGAAAUUUGGAUUUGAGAAAGAUGCAAACGGUCAAUAAAAGGACCACUAUGCAUGGUCUUGUUGCAUGAAUUCUGAAAAGGAUAGUUAAGGAUGUAACAGAUAAGUAAUAGAUAAGAAAAAAUGGAUAUAUGCAUCUUAUGUUUCUUGA